CUGUAUUUUUUAUCAUAUUUUGUAGUAUUUCCCACAGCGCCUGAAGGCAGCAUCAGGUUGGUUUCUAUAGCAACGCCUGACAACAGGAGGAAGAUGGUUUACAUCACAGAGGACAUGGUUCGCCGGCGGGCUGAGCACAACGAGUGUGAGAUCUUCUCCCUGGAGGAAGUUUCUCUGCAUCAGCAGGACAUCGAGAGGAUCGAGCACAUCGACAGGUGGUGCAGGGACCUGAGGAUCCUCUACCUGCAGAACAACCUGAUCCCCAGGAUAGAGAAUCUCGGUCACCUGAAGAAGCUGGAGUAUUUGAAUCUGGCCUUGAACAACAUUGAAGUCAUUGAAAACCUUGAAGGCUGCGAGAGCCUCCAGAAGUUGGAUCUGACGGUGAACUUUGUCGGCCGUCUGAGCAGCGUGGAGUCUCUGAAACACAACGUCCACCUCAGGGAGCUGUUUCUGGUGGGAAACCCCUGCACUGAGUUUGAAGGCUACAGGCAGUAUGUGGUGGCGUCUCUGCCUCAGCUCAAGUGUCUGGACGGGACGGAGAUCAGCCGGUCGGAGAGGAUUCGAGCCCUUCAGGGCCUGGAGGAGGUGAGGAGGGGAGUCCGGCAGCGGGAGCAGGAAUACCUGAGGAGGAGAGCUGCGGAGAAAGAGGAGGCGCAAAGGAAGGCGGCAGCGGAGGAGGAGAGAGGAGACAAGGAGGGGAAACCGGACUUCGAAGGUCGCUGGUACACUGACAUCAACAACACAGUUCCAGGGUCGAUGGAGAAUAAGGAGAACCAGGAGGUGGAGGAGAACAUGGACUCGGAUGAGGAGCGACGGGAGAGGGAGUUCUGGCACACUCCGUGUUCAUUCACCCCCGAAUCUCGUCUGGAGGCUCACCGCCACCUGGAGGAGAAGAGGAAGGCCAAAGAGAAGCAGAGAGAGAAGAAGCCGAAGCCGCCGAGGACUCUGAUAACUGCUGAUGGACGAGUCAUGAAUGUCAACGAACCCAAGCUCGACUUCUGUCUGACUGAAGAUGAUGAAAACAACAGGAUUGUCUUAGACCUGGCGGUGUACAGACACAUGGACACCUCCCUGAUAGACAUCGAUGUUCAGCCGACGUACGCCAGAGUGAGCGUCAAAGGGAAGAUAUUUCAGAUGGUCCUGCCUGCUGAAGUGAAGCCGGACAGCUCGACAGCACAGAGGUCCCAAACCACCGGACACCUGGUCCUCACCAUGCCCAGAGCUGAAGGUGAAAUCAAAGUGACAAAGACCAUCCCACGUCCACCCAGAGCAUGUCAAAACAGACGCAGCAGCCCGCCUGAGGACAAUAAAAGAAAAAAUACCGUUCCCGAAAGGCUGGAAGUGGACCCUAGCAAGCACACGGCCGUCGACCUCGCCAACAUCGUGUCACGUCAGAGCGCCAAAGAAGGUCCGCUGGAAACAUCUAGAGUCUCUCCAACGACUCACAGCAGCUGCUCUGAAGGCUUCGUGGACGAUCCUGAUGUCCCCCCACUCAUAUAAGACUAAAAAAACCAACGAGACAGACAAGCCUCGUCCCUGAAGGUUUAACCCUAUAAUCCUUCAGGUACACAUUGCUGACAAAGCUUUCAAUUGUUGUGUUAAAAAAACUAAUUUGUCGUUAAAGACUUUAUGGGAGUAAAUGCGUGGUCAGAGCCCCUGAUUCAGUCUAAACUGAGCAGGAUCGCUAUGAAAAUACUGUAGAAAUGUGAGUCUUUGAGAGUUGUUUGAACCUUUAAAUGACUUUGUGUUUCCUACUAAAAGACGUAAAUAAACCUACAAGCCACUGAUGACAUUUAUAAGCAUUAAACUUCAGCAAAAUUUCUCAUCAACUUGUUUAUUUUUCAGCUCUUGAAAAUAUUGGAAACUUCACACAAAGAAACAGUAAAAAUACUGACGUUAAAUCCUGA